AGUCUAAAUAGCCUUCCUCCAAACAAGUUGAUAUCUGUAUCCCAGUUUAAAAACACAGAGCAGGAAGAGGGAUGAAGUCCCCCAAGGCUGUAAUCAUCUUAGCUUCUGCUUUAUGCUUUUUGUCCUUCGUUGACUUGGCCUAUGGAGACGAUGACUACGAUGAUCCUAAAUUCGUUGUGGAAGGCAAAGUAUACUGUGACAAUUGCCGCGUUCAAUUCCUAACUCGUCUCACCAAAUUCAUGGAAGGUGCGACAGUUCGCUUAGAAUGCAAAAAACGCGGCAGCAAUGAUGUAGUUUCUAAGAUUGAAGGCAAGACUGAUAGCUCAGGAACUUACAAGAUUCCAAUCGAAGGAGAGCAUGAUGAAGAACUGUGUGACAUUAUACUGGUAUCAUCCAGCAUGUCCAAUUGUACUGAGAUUCCCAAAGAACUUCACGGCGAUAAUAAUGCUAGAGUUAGCCUGACAGACCACAAUGGCAUUGUUUCUAAGACUCGCAAGGCCAAUCCUCUUGGCUUUAUGACGAAGAAACCUCUCCCUGAGUGCUCUACUGUCUUGGAAGAGCUUGGAAUCUCUAAAAAUGAAACUAUUCCAAAGAACCGGUGAUGGAGCAUAGAUAAAUAUACGUUAUUUUUUAUAGUAUUCUUAAUAAGUUUAAUUUGUAAAAGCAAGUGUAAAAUUAUUGGAAAAUAUGAUUAAUUAUUGUAAUUGAUUAUUAUUUUCAUAGUUAUUACAAUUAGUGAAUUCGUAAUUUUUU